GACCGGACGAUGGACCAGCAAGGUGGGAGCAAGCAGGCCUGCGUGGCACCAAUCGCAGUCGUCCACGCCAAUAUUCUCGUCGACAUCAUGCGAUUCUUGGACUCGACCAAGGAUCUCCUCUCACUCGUGCAGGCGCUGCCACGUGACGCGCUCGAUGCAUCCCUCGUUGCCUUUCGGACGCUCUUGGUGACACCCAAUGUCUUGAAUAUCAAGCUCUGGCCGCAAGUCUGCAUCGAAGACAUCGAUCUCCGCUACACCUCGACCGUGCUCGCGGCUCUUCCAAUCUUCCGCUCGAUCCGCAUCGCAGAGCUCGCGCGACUCAAUGCCACGUUGCUAGGCCGCUGCAUCCAGGAUGACCCACCGUCUCUCCCAGCCACGACCGAUUUCGUCGCCAAGUGGGGUCAUAAAGUCGACUCUAUGAGCGUGACGUCGUGCGAGCAAAAGCGAGGCAUGGACAAGCUCCAAUGUAUCUUGCGUCUCUGCACCGGGCUUCGCCACGUCGACUGCACCACCUUCGAGUCGGCUCCGAUGUUCUUGAAUGUUGUCGUUCACGCCGUGCCGCACGUCCAGCGCCUUGCCUACUGCUCGCUCAACUUGAGCGACGACGACGCCAUAUCUCCGUGUGAGCCCUGGCGACCAGUUCUUUCCACGUGGCUAGCGUCUGGCCAUGCGACGCACCUCCACCUCGAUAACUUUACGUGCGACGACGACGUCGGCCUCGGCCACUGCAUCGCUGCCACGACAUCGCUUACGAGCCUCAAGCUACAAGACUCACCUGGCGUCGUCCAAGGGCUCGUCGCUGCCAGCGUGCCACUGCCCAACAUCACGGAGCUUCGUUUGCACUCACCCGAUGCCGAUAUCCUCAAUGACUUUGUGACGUACCGGAUGCAUCAUCCGCGCCUUCGCGUCCUGGAGCUGGCGGCCACCCACGGAGUAGACGUAACAUUUGCUCUGACGCUACUGCCGCAGUUGAGUGCUCUGGAAGAGCUCGCGUUUGGCCAGUGUACGGUGCGCGAGGAGCCGGCCCUGGACAGCACGCCGGCGCCCCGCCUUCGGGCGCUCCGACUGACCUAUUGCGACAUGGACAACGACGUUCUCGUCAGUCUCCUUGAUUGGGCCUCGCGGUCGCCGUGCCUCGAGACGGUCGAGCUCAACAUGUGCGACAUGCCACAGACGCCGCCCGAGCUCGAACGCCUUGGCCGCUCCUUCCGCCAAUGUAUUGAGGCAGGCGUUCGCUCCAUCACCCUCCACGACUGCGAAUUGACGCGCGUCGAAGCCAUCGCCAACGUGGUCCGUGCUCUGCAUCAACCACGGCUAUUUGUCCUCAAGAUCGACUGCGCAACACUACGCAUCGCAUUGAGCCAGCCACUUUUAAAGGCGCUCGCCACGAGCACUGGCGUCCGCAUCGAGUGGUCGUUUUCUGGAGGGCUCAAGCGCGACACCCUCGUCCAGAUGCGCAAGCUGGCGAAGAAGUUCCAGCUACGCAUCAGCAAAUGCGGCAAGGAUACGGUGUGGAUCUCUAGUCCUUUGUAAACGUCGUCCAGGAGGCACGACGACAUCAACGCGCCCGACAUUCAUGUAGCAUUGUAUCGACAACCUCUCUCUAUUAUCGAUUCAUCCCUCUAUCUAUCCACCUAUCUAUCCAUAUAUCCAUAUUCCGAU